AUGGGGACGACGUGCGCGGCGUGCGCGCGUCGUCGCGCGACGGUGUACUGCGCCGCGGAUGACUGCGCGCUGUGCGCGGCGUGCGAUGCGAGCGUGCACUCGGCGAAUUCGGUCGCGGCGAGACACAAGAGGGUACCGAUCGAGGAGCGCGAGGACACGGACGGUAACGCGCACGAGAGGAACUCCGCCGGGAGCGACACGGCGCGUUACGAACAAAGGCGGUCGUUCGAUCGUGACGUUGAGAUGUCGUACGUGAGACGGACGAAGGGAGACUCGGUGAACAGCGUGCACGCCGACGAGUGGGAUGUGGCUGAAUUUUUAAAUCUCGACGAGCUCGAGCAUGGGAGACGGGUGAAUCUCGAACCACGGAAUCCGAGGGAUUCAAGCAACAGCGAUACGAUAUUACAGGACGAUCCGCUCGGUUCAUUGCUGGACAUGGACGCUAGGGACGUCUCAGAGUUUUCGUUUCACCAGGCCGACGUCGCGUCCAUCUCCGCGGCAUUGAACACCGUUUACAGCGAGUCCAGAGGAGAGAACCGAACGGAUGGUGGCGACGAUGGAGGUGAACUGAAUCUAGCGUUCACUCGAGCGCACGCAAGGGAUCAUUUCGCGCCGAAACCGUCACCCCUCGGACAGGGAACGCCUGCAUUACAGUACGCCGGUUGCGCCAACAUUCCGCAGAAUCCAAAGGUACAGGUUCCGGGAGAUUUCUUCCACGGCGUGCCAAAACGAGUGGUGAGCAAGGAGCGACAGGCACAGCUGGAUAGAUACCGGGCCAAGCGCGAGCGCCGUCUGCUCGGUUUGAAUAAGCAGACUGUCCGCUACGAUGGCCGGCAGAAGCUCGCGAACGCUCGAGUUCGAGUGAAGGGUCGAUUCGUUAAGGUCAGUCCUGAAGAAAAACGGGCGGUGAUUAAAUCUUAUCAAAGUUGUCCAGACCUCUCGGCGAUGGUCGAUAGUGCUUCAACCGAAAAGCGCUCGAUAUUUGCGGACGACUCAGUGAAGUGGUCCAGGCGAGCUUUCGGCAGAAGCUCGGAUGAUUCUGCGACGUCGAUAGACGAGUACGCGAUGAAUCGUUUGGAUACGGUAUCUACGAUCGAGUCGCGCGAUAAAGGCAUAGAAAAAUUGGAACCACACGUCUUGAACGGACUGCGAAGAGGCUUGGGCCAAACGCGACACAGCCAAUCGGAGAUAUGUCUCUACGAGUUGGCUGGAGUGUAG